AUGUCAUUUAACAGAGAAGAAGAUGAGGUGCUCAAUUUCACUUCUUCAGAAGAUGUGGCCGUUUAUCCUUCAUUUGAGUCGAUGGAUCUCAAGCCAAGCUUAUUGAAAGGUAUCUACGCAUAUGGGUUUGAAGCUCCGAGUGCAAUUCAAAGUCGAGCCAUAUCACAAAUUAUCAGUGGAAGGGAUACUAUUGCACAGGCACAAUCAGGAACAGGUAAAACUGCAACUUUUUCAAUCUCUAUGUUAGAGGUGAUCGAUACAAAAGCGAGAGAUGUUCAAGGUGAGUAUAAUGCCUUAGCUCGUGUCUGGAUUUUUUUGAUUAGCAGCCAAUAUUUUUUUUUUCGAGUGUACAAGAUGAUUUUAUGUAUUUUCUUGAGAUUAAAACAGGCUUCAUAUGAAGGCACCUUCACAGAGAUGACGAGAUUCUAA